AUUACUAGUGGUGUUCUGACAUCAUGGACCAUAUGGGUGUGGAGGGUGAUAUCAAUUAUUGAUCUGUCCAUAGAGUUAUAAUCACUUUGGAUACUAAAUCUGGGUCCACACUAGAAUGACGUGUCCCAGCCGCGGUGCGAUGCAGCAAUACAUUGUGCUGCUAUACACCGUGUACAAUCGGGUAUAUGACGGCGCUAUGGAUCUUUACUGCAUGUUGCCAGAAGACCUCAUGAAUAUGCAGCACUGCAAUUUGCUGUGCCUGCCAGAGAAUUACCAAAUGAAGUAUUACUUUUACCACGGACUGUCCUGGCCGCAGUUGUCAUACAUUGCAGAAGAUGAAAAUGGAAAAAUUGUUGGUUACGUUCUGGCAAAAAUGGAAGAAGAUCCAGAUGACGUUCCACAUGGCCAUAUCACCUCAUUGGCUGUGAAACGCUCUCACAGGCGACUUGGUCUGGCACAGAAAUUGAUGGACCAGGCUUCCAGGGCGAUGAUAGAGAACUUCAAUGCCAAAUAUGUGUCCUUGCAUGUGCGGAAAAGCAAUCGAGCAGCUCUGCAUCUAUACUCCAACACAUUGAAUUUCCAGAUCAGUGAGGUGGAACCCAAGUAUUAUGCGGAUGGCGAAGAUGCCUAUGCUAUGAAGCGGGAUCUCACCCAAAUGGCUGACGAGCAGUUGAAAAAGCCAUUGGAAUUUAAGGAUAAGAGUCGACCUCAGCCUCUGAGCGCUAUAGAAAAUAAAUCUGAUAACCGAUCUGGACACGUUGGGGACUGCUGUCGAGACGAAAAGUGCCUAGGUAACGUCGGCAAACGUGAUGUCACAGAGGACAGCGGCGACAGUAAGGAUGUGAGCGAAGUCAGUGAGGCCACAGAGAGUACCGACGUCAAAGACAGCUCCGAGGCUUCAGACUCUGCUUCUUAAAGGGGGCUUUUCCUCUAGUACCCUCAUUUACAUACAAUUUGCAUAAGAAAUCUUACAGUGCUUGCCCAGCCGCCACUAUAUUUUCUAAGAUCCUUACCAGAUCCAGACGGUGUGGAGAUAGUUCACGCCUAUUGUUUUCCAAAAGAAGAAUUUGUAAAUACAAGAAUACAUCCAGCUCUGUGCCCUACGACUUCCGGUUAUUAUUUGAUUGUCUUGAGGACAUUGGGGAAAAGUUCGUUUUUAUUUUGAGACUGGUGACUUAUUGUAUAAGGAAUAAACCACUUAAAAUGUAGCUUUCGUCUACAUCAGAGACGGCAGACAUUUUUUGUGCUGAACUUCUAUACGGUCCUAUCUGAUCACUAGGAAAUUCACUGCGGCAAGACGCACAAAGUGCCACGAUUACUUUAUUCCUGGUGCAGUGAUUGGUUUGUUCUGAUAUUAGUUCAGCCUAGAAAAUAGUUGUCUCUAUAGAUGAUGGGUAAGUGGAACGCUUCAACGUAUUAGGCAUGUGUAAGAUAAUAAGGAGUCAUCGGGAAUAUCAUCGACCUGUGGACGGAAGUGAUAUUGCACCGGAGGUAUUCGUUUGCAUAUUUGCAUGUAUUUACUGUAGAGAAUGAGUUGGACUUGUCCUCUACAAUAUUGUGGGGCUAUGGAGACUAUUAAUAUGCGUGGGAACUGCUUGCUUUGUUGAGGUAAAAUAAAAUAUCCACAGAAAACCUAA